AUGCCUAAAAACCGACCUGCAACGUCCGGCUAUGCCCGUCUGGCUCAGGAAGAAGAAGACCGAGGCGUCAAUGAUGGGUACUAUUACUCGGACGAAGAUGACCUCAACGAGCCCUCCGGUACGAUUUCACAAUCCGCCCCACGAUAUGCCCCAAUAUCCAGUCGAGCUCAAAUGGCCUCGGCCUUUUCGCCGCCACCUGAACACCGGAGGAGACUGAGUGGGCAUUAUCGCCGUGCGCGGCGGAAUUCUGGGGUCGACAUCAAGGCCAUCAAUGCGCGACUCGAGCGUUGGGCUGAAGAGUUUGCCUCGAAGUUCAAGAUCAACCGGGUCAAGGGCAAGACGUAUGAGGAGGAGAAACUCGAGAUCUAUCACACGGUUUUCCAGCCUCCUGAAGGAGUUAAACCAAUCACAGCCGAGGAACUCGAAUCGGAGGAAGCUGAGACUGAACAACAUCAAGCACGGGAGGAAUUCGAGGCGGUUGUGGAAAGUGUCCGGACCGCCAUCGAGUUGGGGGUGCAGCCGCGCAUGAUCUCGCAGGGCAGUUCAGGGAGUUAUUUCGCUCGCAAUAGUGAAGGGAAAGUUGUGGGUGUCUUCAAGCCGAAGGACGAGGAGCCGUACGCUUCUCGGAAUCCCAAGUGGACCAAGUGGCUGCACAGAAACCUGUUCCCCUGCUUCUUCGGUCGAGCAUGUUUGAUUCCCAAUCUAUCAUACGUCUCGGAAGCAGCGGCAUACGUUCUCGACGCUCGAUUACGGACCAACCUUGUUCCCUACACCGAUAUUGUGUACCUCUCCUCGAAAUCUUUCUUUUAUGACUUUUGGGACCGGAGAAAGGCAUGGAUGGGCAAGAAGUCGCUGCCUCCCAAAGCGGGCAGCUUCCAGGUCUUCUUGAAAGGAUUCAAGGAUGCGAACUUAUUUCUGCGUGAUCAUCCAUGGCCCGACCAGACCAACACUGGGUUCCGUGCCGAGGAUGCUCCAAAGCGCAAGAAGCGGCCAUGGAACGAGGCUUGUCGCCCGUCAGGGAUCCAUUCGGACGAUGAGGACGAAUAUGAUGACCGCCGCGAUGUACCGGGUCAAUCACCGCGGGAUGAGAGUCGGGAGCGCCGGUUCUACUGGACAGAACAGUUGAAGCAGUCGUUUCGGGAGGAGCUGGAAAAACUGGUUAUUCUGGACUACAUCAUGCGAAAUACUGACCGUGGAUUGGAUAAUUGGAUGAUUAAAAUCGAUUGGAAGACAGAGGAGGUAUCGAUCGUGGCCGAACCCCCCAAACAAAAGGGAGGUCAGCAGGACGACGACGACGAGCAGUUGCCUCCAGCCCGUCCUAUUUCUGUCAACUCUGAAAGAAACGGCACCGCAUCACUACCCUACAGAAGGCACGAGACCAUGGUGGCCGUGAGUCGCACGGGAACGCCACUGAAUUCAACCGAACCGCAGGCCACGAUUAGUAUCGGGGCUAUUGACAAUAGUUUGUCAUGGCCGUGGAAGCAUCCUGAUGCUUGGAGAAGCUUUCCUUUCGGCUGGCUGUUCCUCCCCGUCUCCCUCAUCGGUCAGCCAUUCUCUCAGAAGACCAGGGACCAUUUCUUGCCGCUUCUCACCUCCACGGCCUGGUGGAGCGGUACCCAAAUGGCGCUCCGACGCGUAUUCUCUCAGGAUGAUGAUUUCAAGGAGAGCAUGUUUGCAAGGCAGAUUGCGGUCAUGAAGGGACAGGCUUGGAAUGUGGUUGAAACUCUGAAGCACCCGGACCAUGGCCCUCUGGAACUCACCCGGAGGACCAGAGUAUGUGUGUGGGAUGAUUUGGUGGAUGUCCCGGUUGCUAUUCCGCUACGCGGACCAUCCACCGACGCUCAGAAACGCAAAGUGAAAAGCUACGAAACUUAUGACAAACACGACCGUUAUGAUCCCGACAAUGAAGAAAUGGAUAUCGGUGCCUCCAUGUCCCUGCAUUCGGCACCAGAACAAGAUCUUUUGGGUCUUUACUCUCCUCCAAAUGAACUGCCGAAUCCAAACAGAUUCGAGCUCUCGCGAAACCGUGAGCUUGGACAAGCUGCGACUCGCGGUGCCAGCCCCGCUACUCUUGGCCGCGACAGUGUCGACGGCCUAAGCCUUGGGGCGGACGCCGCCAGCAGUUGGCCUCCACCACCUUCUAGACCAGAACACAAGCACCGUCGCAAGCAGAGCUCAGUAUCAAGUGCCCAUGGCCAAGCACAAUUUGUUUGGGGUAGCGACGAUCUUGAAGGCGAUCUUGGUUAUGCGGCUGCCGAAGGCAUGGAGGGAAAUCACCGCAAAGUCAUCGUUGAGCGAUUAGAAGCCGUGAAGAGUAAGAACCCGGUCUUCACCUGGUGCUGA